AUGUACCGAAAUAAGGGUGCCGGUGCCCCCAGGGGUGCCGGCAUCUUGAAUGCCCUGAAGGCUAUGGAGAUGAUUGAUGUGAAAUCAAAGCUCCCGGCUGAGGUUUUCAAUCAUAUUCUCGAUUAUUUACCCGUUGCCGAUCAACUACGAGUAGCACGAACGUCACACAAAUUACAGGAAAUGGUAUACGACGAUACGAGAUGGGUUUCGCGACUAAAGAGCAUGAACUGCUGGGAUGAAAGGGAAGCACGGAGACGAUUUGAAGAGUCUGUUCGCAAGAGGAGGGAGGCUGCGCAAAAGGCGACACAAGCAGCCGCUGCUGGUCAGGCAAACGGUGCGGCGACUGCAGGGCAAUCCCAGGGAACGACGCUUUUUGAUGCGUCGGCGGAAGAACAGAGACGGAAGAGGGCCGUGUCAGAACUGCGAGAUGGGUUUGAGACGCUGAAUGUUGCUGGGGGUGCUGCGUCGGAGAGCAAUAUGCCCCAGGAGUCGGAUGCGUAUCUGGAGGUAUUCAAGAAUGCGAAAAGUAUACGUGGGGGAGCAAGGCAGGAAUACGGCAAGAUCUACGGCGCGUUAGCACCAUUCUACAUUGAUAUUGUUAGGGCCAAGUCACACGCAGAUCCGAUUGUGUUUAAGGCGUUUCGGGACCCAGAGAGACAGGCACAGAUGCUGGCGAAUUUAUUGAGGUUCGCAAAGAGCGAUUGGUCGUCGGGGUGUGAUGAGCGAGAGCAUAAGCUCAUCAACAUGAUGGGACUGUUUGAGAGCGCGGUGCUGCGGGAAUUUGAGCAGGGGUAUGAGUUUUGGGAUGUGGAUGGGAGGAUGAAGCGCUAUGCGCAUGUUUUGCAUACGCUGAGUGGUGCGAGGGGUGGUGUUGACUUGUUUCUUCAGAAGCAUCCUAUUUUUAAUGAUCGCGAGGUGAUGCUUAACCCGGUGGAGUGCUUGAACCAGGCGACGGCGACGGAGGAGGUUUCCAUGGAACCGUCACGGCGGUUCUUUGGCGUCUUGUUGACAAAGGUCAAUGAGCAGGCUGGUGUUAUUGAGCGCAUCUUCCCGAAUGCAAACGAGGUGUUUUGGGAAUUUGUCGACAAGGUGAGGGAGGAUGUUAUUAUGGAGUACACUACGCCACUGUUUGACGAGAGCCACGAGAGGAGCAUAUCUGCAUAUCUGAAGGCCAUGGCUGGCGUUUUUGAACAAUCCAUGCGAUUCUUUCAGUCGUUGACGCCGCCGGCGAAAGGGGAUAAGGACGCGGAAGCUGGAGACGACUUGUUGGCCAAGGCUAAGGAGCAUUCGUUGAAGGUGUUUGAACCACACUUCGACUUGUAUCUCCAGGAAGAACUGGACUUUUUCACAAAGCACGCAGAGAUGGAGGUCUCGCAGUGGGAGAAGAAACUAUCGGAAGAGGACCUGUCCCUUGAGUCGUUUUACAUGGCGAAUGUGAAUCGGUCGGCGGAAAAGUCAGACUUUCUGAGCUCCUUCAAAAAGGUCGUCAUGAUGCCGGUCACCGUCCUGCCCAGCUUCCCGAUGGGCUCGCCAUUUGCGACGGCAAAACCGACCACCACUGCUGCGUCUACUUCCGCGUCUGUUGCUGCGAAUGGCUCAACUGCCGUGACGCCGAUGCCUUCACGGCCCGAAACACCGGGUAUUGGUGGACGAGCUAGUCCUAUGCCUGGAUCCGGAAAGGCUCCCACAGACGAACUAGCAGCCAAGGCCGCUCUCAUGGCGACCAAACUCGAGGGCAUCAAAUCCCUCUGCAGUAUCGAAGUAGCUCUGAACCUGGUGCAUCUCGCCAAGACGAGUCUCGGUCGUGCAGCACUGCUGAUCCCACUAGGCGGCCAAGUAGGCGGCGAAGCCAAAGAGCAAUGCGCAACGAUAUUCGUCGUGCUGCUCCGUAUCCUCGGCCAACGGCACGUCAGAAGUGGUUUCGAAACCGCAGUCAACCACCUUUCGCAUUAUAACCCACGGGACGUAAGCGACCACAGUCAAAAGGGAGUGGCGCCACUCGUGACCUUUAUAGAACUAGUCAACGUGGGCGACUUGAUAUCGCAGAUGAUUGACGUCUUUUACGAGCAGCAGCUGGCGACGCCGAAAAUCGCAGACAAGAACGACUUCUUGGACCCGGCGGGGCUGGCGAAGAAGAAGUUUGAGCAAAUGCUCGAUGAGAGCGUGGCAGCAGGCUUGAACAAGGGCAUCGAUGUGUUGAUGGACGAGGUUGAAUAUCUGCAAUCCACGACGCAGCUGCCCACCGACUACAACCCCCGUCCUACAUCGACAAUCUCAACAGUAUCAGCAGCGACGUCAACGCUAAAUAUAGGAGCCCCGUCAGAGCCGGAUAUUGGCCCCACGCAGACAGCCCAACGGAUCGUCGAGCUCGUCUCCUCACACACCAACAUGUUGGUAGGCACGACAGACAAGGCCAUGCUGGACGUGUUCAACGGUGAGGUGGGCCUGCGUCUCUUCACAGCGAUAUGUAAACACCUCAAGCGGCAGCGUGUUUCUACGGACGGCGCUAUCAAACUCAUUGCGGAUAUGAACCUGUAUGCGGAUUAUGUGCGCGGCCUCAAACACCAGGACUUGGUGGCGUUCUUCUCGGCUCUUCGUGAAUUGAGUCAGAUUUACUUGAUUGAUGCGACGCAUGCAAAGGACAUGGCGGCUGUGAUUGCCGAUGGAGAUCGCUUUGGCGGCGUGUUUCGCGCAGAGGAGGUGUAUGAGUAUGCGCAACGGAGGGCAGAUUGGUACCAGGUUAGGAAGAGUGUUGAAAGGGCCAUGUACGGGAUGGACUGUGUGGUGAUGUAG